AGCUUCCACAUUACGUUUUCCCACACUCUGUUUACGAGCGAGUUUUUUAUUUUUUCAAUUUUAAUUUCCUAAUAUUUUGAGUUUUCCAAAAUGAACAUUAAGAAAGCCAAACUGGAGAUGUUCAUGAUGUCCGAGCAGGUGUGGAAAGAUGCGGAGCGAUGGCAGCUGAGCAUUCAGCAUGGUCAGGUGGCCAUGAAGAUGGUCAAGACCUUAAAUCUCCGACUAUUUGUCACCGAGAAUCGCCUAAAUCAUGCGGGCUCUAGACGCGAACUCCAAAACACGGAGAAACAGAUCAACAGCUUAUAUAUGCGCCUCCAGCGUCCUCUGACCACGAUGAACAAAGUCCUUCAAACGCUGACGGAGAUCAGGGACAACACAGCCCGGAUGCUCAAUCGUUUGACGCUCUGGAUGGACGACGACAUAGUGGUGAAGCACAUGAUCACGCCAACGUUAAAGGCGUCCAAGCUUCUGGUGGUGCUGCAGUUCCUCAGCCAACGCUACGAUGCUGAAUGGGAGGUCAAGGAGGUGGUUGUCAAUGACUUGGAGCACAUAAGCAACUCCUACGAGCUGGAUCUUUUAAUGGAUGGCUGGGGCACUUGCAGUCAUGCAGGAGGACAGGAGUUCACCAUGAUAUUGCGUGAAUAUUACAAGAUCGUUGGACGCAAUCAGUCUUUGGUUAUAAACACUUAAUCCUUUUCCUUGGACACAAGAAUCCACCAACAACAAAAUACCCCAUAUUCCAUAGCAAAUAAGAAAACCACAUUAUUGUUUUGAAUUUGAUGUUAGUUUUAUUUGAAAAAUGUUUUUUUAGUUUGUAUUUGCUUGCCAAACAAAUCUAUAAUCUGUAAAGAAAUUACAAAAAAUUGCA